AUGGCUGCGGACAGUGCGUUGCUGCUGUCUCUGGUGGAAGAAUAUGUCUCGGGACUACAGGACAGCAAGGCCAAAGACACAGCAACAGGUGUCAAAGAUGGACAGUUUACAAUACUGCAGCUAAUCGAAGCACUGGGACUGAGUCUGACCAGCUCUCAGCCUCACACCCGAGCCAGAGGAGUCCAGCUUCUCUCUGAAGUUUUACAGGAGUGCUAUGGGGGUCUCACGGAGAGAGAAGUGGAAGUGCUCAUUGCCUUCUAUGAAAACCGUCUAAAGGACCAUUAUGUCAUCACGCCGCCUGUUUUACAGGGGCUCAGAGCGCUGACAAAAUGUACAGUGUUGCCUCCUGGCUCGGCUGUGUCCAUGCUGAGGUCUUUGUUCCAGGAUGUUCAUGUUCAGUCGUUGAUGCUGGCAGAGAGAGCCUGUGUCUACAACAUGCUCAUCAACCUCAUGGAGACCAGAGAAGCCGAACUGAAGGGUUUGGGGGCAGACUUUGUCUUUGGUUUUGUCCAAUCGAUGGAUGGAGAGAGGGAUCCUCGCAACCUCCUGUUAGCCUUCCAGGUUGCCAAGAACAUCAUCCACCGAGGUUACGAUCUAGGUAAAUUCACAGAGGAGCUGUUCGAGGUGACGUCCUGCUAUUUCCCCAUCGACUUCACCCCCCCUCCCAAUGACCCCCACGGCAUCACCAAAGAGGAGCUCAUCCAGAUGCUGAGGGACGUCCUGACUGGGACGUCACAGUUUGCUGAGUUCCUGUUACCUCUCAUCAUUGAGAAGCUGGACUCAGAUGUUCAGAGUGCAAAGCUGGACUCGCUGCAGACUCUGACUGCUUGUGUGUCACAAUAUGAACAUAAAGACUUGGCAGAGUUCCUCGAGGGACUGUGGGCGUCACUGCGCAGAGAGGUGUUUCAGACAUCAAGUGAGAAGAUUGAGUCUGCUGGCCUCGCUGCUCUCACCGCACUCACUUCCUGUCUGUCUCGCUCAGUCCUCAACUCUGACUCUGAAGACUCCCUCUGCACCUUCCUGGAUCUCGUUCUCAAAGACUGCAAACAUCACCUGUGUGAGCCGGACCUGAAGCUGGUGUGGCCCAGUGCCAAGCUGCUGCAGGCCGCCUGCAGCGCCUCCAGCAGGGCGAGCCACAUCAUAACAGCCACUGUCAUGCCCUCUCUCAUCGAGCAGUACAGCAGCAGAACGCAGUGUUCCCACAGACGAACGUUACUGGAGGUGGUGCAGCGAUUCAUCCAGUCAGUGAAAAGCUGCCGGUCUUCAGAGAACGAGGAGAGUGUGUUUUUAGCCUUCCGCCCGUCUCUGUGCACCAUGGUGUUUUCAGCUCUGGCAGAGAGCAAUGCCAGUCUGCAGAUCACAGCCACCUCUGUGCUCACCUCACUGGCUCAGCAAACGGGUCUGCUGUUGGACUCUGACAUUGAGCUGGCUGUGGAUCACCUUACCAGACUGUUGCUGACGGAGGAGGACGACAGAGUCAGUCUUGCUGUGGCGGAGUGUGCCGGAGCCUUAGCGGAGUUGCACCCAGCAGCCUUUAUCACUAAACUGAUCCCAAGACUAAAGGAGGAGAUGUUCUCUGAGUCCAUGGAUCAGGACGGCAACAGAGAAGCUUCUGAGCAGCAGUCCCAUCAUGCAGUGCGGCAGCGGUGUUUGUCCGCUCUGGCUGCGGUGUCCAUCCAACCCAGCGUUGUCCAGGAGAGCACACCUGUCCUCCUGGAGGUCCUCAGCUCAGCACACACAGGUAGUGUUGGUUUCUCUGUGGAGGAGGCGGUGUUAGCGUGUCGCAGCCUCCAGAGAAUAGCAGAACAGGUUCGGGACACCGAGGAGGCGGGGCGAUGCUUCCAUAACAUCAUCAUCCCGCGCCUGCUGUGUCUGGCCCUGCAGGCGGCAGUGCAGGGUGAGGGGUCAUCUGGUCAUCGUAGUCCUCUUCUGGAGGAGGUGGUCCUGUCUGCUAUGGUCCCUGUCAUCAGUACUUCCUGCUCCAGGCUUCAGCCCACGUUGGCGGCACAGACGGCUUCGAGGGCUGUAUCUCUCUUCCUGAACGGUGAUGUUUCCUUUUUGCCCGACAACUCCUUCCCUUCACACAUCCAGCUGCUCAAGAAGCAGCAGGACGACUCGUGGAGCCAGUCCCAGAUGGUUUGCCUGCUCAUGGGAUGUGUGUGUUCCUUACCUCGCAGUGUGGAGGUGCCUCAGAUGGAUGACCUGCUGUCACAGCUGGAGGAGAUGAGCUGCUCCUGCAGCCACCCGCUGUCGUACACCUCGGCCGCAAAGUGCUUCGCUGGCCUAGUUAAUAAGAGACCACAGGGCGAUUCUCUUGACGGCCUGAUUCAGAGCACGAUGAAGAGAGUGUGCAGUGAGCUGGACUCUGCGUCUUCAUCUUUACGCACUCAGGCUUUCACCCUCAUGAUCUGGGUUGCCAAGGCUCUGCUUCUCAGAUACCACCCUCUGUCCACAGCACUGACUGACAAGCUCUUCUCUCUGCUCGACAAUGCCGACCUGGGUCCGAUGGCAGCAGACGGCUUCUCGCUGCUGAUGAGUGACUCCGCCGACGUCCUGAACCGUGACUGCCACGCCGAUGUUCGCAUCAUGUACCGCCAGCGCUUCUUCAGCGAGAAUUCAGCCAAGUUGGUCCAGGGCUUCAACGCUGCGCCGCAAGAGAAGAAGCCCAACUACCUGAAGGCUCUGUCUAACAUAGUCAACAAACUGCCCAAGCAGGUUCAAGUCACUGAGCUACCCGCGCUCCUGUCUCUGCUGUUGGAGGCCUUGUCGUGCCCUGACCAGGGCGUCCAGCUGUCCACCCUGUCCUGUCUGGAGCCCGUCCUCAUCGACCCACCAGCAGCACUCAUACAGCAGCUAGAGGCUUUGGUCAGCAGGCUGCUGGCCCUCACCUCCAGUCCAGUCAUGAACGUAAGGAUCUCCUCAUUGCGGUGCAUCCAUGCUGUUUCCCACUUCCCCGUACAUGAGGUGUUGCCGUUUCGGGCCCGAGUGCUGCGAGCUCUGGCCCGGCCCCUGGACGACAGGAAGAGGCUGGUGAGGAGCGAGGCGGUUCAGGCACGAGGAGAGUGGUUUCUGCUGGGAAGUCCUGGUGGAAGGUGAUUCUGCUCCUCAAACACAACCCAAGUCUCCCGUCUUCCCAAAACAUGGAAGAAUACAAAUGGUCCAGAGCACAGGACCAGGUACAAAGGAUGAAAGCUGUGCAGUCCACACAGCAGCUCCCCCCUCCACCAGUUCUUCACACCACAAUCCCUCCGCCCUUCACCUCGUCUCUGUUUUUACUGAAAUGUUUUCAUUGUAACUCUGUAUCUUGAGGAACGCACAAAUAAGAGGAUAUGGACUGACUGCGGAGCUAUGUCUAAGUUAAAAGACUAAAAACGAUCAGUUUGUUUAAAUGAAUAGUCGAGAGCGUUGAAGUGGGGUUGUACCUUAUCAGUAGUCGGUGUAUUAGCUACAGGCAGCAUGCCGCCAGUGUGGAGCAGCAGGCAGGAGUACAGCCUCCUGAAGCUAAGCUAGUGUACUGCUGUGGAUGGUGUUAGCAGCAAAACAUGCUUCAUCCAAUCAAUAUCAGUUCAAGUGUAAGCUGUACCAUCAGGUAAUAUAGUGUUAAAUAGCUCCAAAUCAAUGAAACACUUUCCAAACAACCGUUAAAGAAAUGCCUCUUGGCUCAUUCAGGUUCUUCUAAAUCGACCCUUUGUCUCCACUGUGAACAGCAUUUGUAUUUGUCUUCUCUGCCAUAAACUGAUGACACCCAGCAGAUCUGCAUGCGUAAGAAUAUGGCAAAGUAAAUGGAUAAACAUAUUCACAAUAUGGCGUACACGUACAUUGUCCAUUGGGCAGCACUGUGCAAGCUACUGCCUGCUUCUCCAAACUAGAGCUGUGCUGAUCGCCAUCUACUGUAGGUAAUCCACUGACUCUGGACAUUCCCCCUUCAAAACACCUGAAUUAUCCCUUUGAUAUGUAACGCGCUUCACGUAUGUUGUUGAAUUCUAAAAAAAAAAAAACUGCUUUGAAAUGUUUAGCACAGUUACUUUAUAAAUAACUUAUCAGCUGAUUUUUCAGUUAACCAUCAAAAUAAUUGAAGAAUUGAGACAUUUUUACAAGAUUUCUGAAAGUCUAAUCAAAGUUGUUUGGAUCUGGUAUGAAAGUUAGCUCCUAAAGGCAGAGAGAAGGAAACCACAGCUUGUAAGUUCAAUGGAAAGUCACUGCAAUGAUCUCCUGAACGAUGAUGGCAACAUUUUUGCUCUCUUCUCUUCAUUUUUUUUCUUCAGAACUUUGACCAUUUUGAGCAUUUAGGCUGCCGGACACAUCAAAGAUCUCCACUGCAUAUAAAAUGUGUACUUGAAGCCAAAUGAGAGCAGCACUGAACCCAGCAGGCACUGACAGCCUUUUAUCUUCUCGUCUGGACGAAUGUGUAACUGAGCAGUAAUGUCUUAACAGAUGGUGCGUUUGAUUCCUGUCACACUGGUGAGUCAGCCGGGUGGGGUUGUUGAGACCUGGGAAAAUGUGUAUGUGCCAAUCGUCCUCCGGAUGCUCACAGGGUGACAUAAAUCAAGCACCUCUACAUGUAUCACGCCUCCACUGACAUGAGUGAAAUUUUAUUGCAUAACGAAUAUCUAUGUUGACGUUAAUGUACAUUGAAGUGAGAUUGUAAGUUAUGAGAAGAAUAUGUCAAACAUCUUCUAUGUAUUCUCGUAAUAUUUGAACAAGUACUGAAGCUAUAUCACCUUUGAGUCAUUUCAGUAAGGUUGGCUGACUUUGAACCUCACAGCAACUUAUGCCAAGGAAAAAGACAAUAUUUAAAAUGUCUAACUUAACAUGUCAUUAAAACUCUUUGUAAUUACA